AUGGGUGUUGAAGAUACCAUGGACGUUGAAUUAUCAUUUAUUUUAUUUAUCAUUCUGGGUAGAUGGAUAUUACCAAGAGGAAAAAUAAGUCACAGCGCUUUAUCUCAAUUGCUACUAGUUUAUUUAUCACUAGCAUCGGAUAUAUUAGACUUGUUAACAUUAUUCAAUGAAAAAGAAAUUUAUCUAAGCAAUUUAAUGGUGUAUGUCGUAUUAUCAACAUUUACUAUUUGUAUGUUUCAAUUCGCAUUGAAUCUAACAGCAACACGUGGUCGAUCGUUUCACGCUGAAUUUGACCAAACAGAAAUUGAAAUUGUUCAACCACCACCAAAACAACGACAAACAGGAGCUUUAUUAUCAAAAAUUAUUGGAGCAAAACAAAAACAACAACAACAACAAUCAUCCUCUUCUAUACGUCCAUUGAAAACAACGAACUCAAUGAUUCAAGUUACGCAAGUACCGAUUUUACCAAAACUAAGAGUUAAUAAUAAAACAAUUAAACGAAGAGAUAACGACGAUGACGAAAUGAGAGAUGAGAAUGAACCGGAAAGAAAAAAAAAUUAUAAGCGACAAUCGAAGAUACGGUCAUCAUCGUUUGGUAAUCAAUCAGGUACAAUUUUCAAAAAUGGCGAUACUCAAGAAGAGGAAGAAUCACCAAAUGUACCUAAAUCCCUUGCAGCAACAACAACAACAUCCAUUACAAGUGGAUCAGAUCCGCAGAUAUUUCGCAAGCAAGAAAACGAAUAUUCUAAGGGUGACAUUGUCAGUGAUGAAUCUCAAAACAAUCAAAAUCGAAUCGUCAGUAAUAAUAGUUCGAUGUUUCAAGCAGCAGAUUCAAUGUGGACGCUUCCUAAUAAAACGAAUGUAUUAUAUCCACCUAUGUAUCAUCGACAAUCUAUUACGAGUUUGAACUCACUAAACAGUUGGUAUCGUUAUACUACAAGUUUAAGCAAACCAUCGUCCAGAAAAUCAAUAGCCGAUUCUGUUAAAAUAUUUGUAAAAAAACGAUCGAAGAAAUUUCUUCGCAGUGAAAUAUGGUCAAUACUUGUAACAGUGACAUGUCAAGAUGGUCCGUUUUUCGCGAUUCGAUUAAUUGCGAUACUUACAUUCAAAGUACGAUCCUUCUUAACAUACUUUUUUACGUUUAAAAAUCUCCUUAUUCUGGUUUUUCAAACAUAUCGCGUUACGGCAAUAUGUUUGGAACAAGAUGAACAAGAACAAGAAUUUGAAGAAAAAUUAGAUACCAUGCGUCGGAUGAGUGUAGCUGCAAUUCAACUGGGUAUUCCAUUAAAUCGUAAAUUAUAA